UGUUCUGAUAAAGCCAAUCAAAUAGAUAACAAAACCAGAUCAGUGCAAACUAUUUCUGGAUUGUUUUCACGAAGAAGACAAGAAAAGGACACCAUGCUGGCCUUUUUCUCCAUAAUUUGCUUCUGUAGCAUGAUCGGGCAGUCUUUGGAAACCACUACAGGUAUGCCUACCACAAAGACGCCCACGACACAUACACACGGACAUCAUCACACCCGGACUACACACGAAGCCUUUGAGACGGAGUCCUUCUCCUUCUAUUACGACUACAUUUCGCACGUUAUGGCCGUAAAGUCUUCCCUACAUAUAUGCUACCUGUAUAAGACGAGCGCCCAGGAACAGAUUGAUGUCCACACCUCACACGGACUCCAUGGCAUAGAGAAAACCUUGAUAGAUCUGAUUGAUGCCGGCUCCGCCAUGCACCCUAUCCCCAAGGAGGACGUAGCCGCCAUGAGCAGACAACUGGCUCACUUCUGUAGCCACACAGGGGUCUUCAUGCAGAUGAACUAGUCAAUAAAUAUAUCUUAUCUUUUCAAUAA